AUACAAAGGAAAGAAAGCAGGCCGUUGAGCGGCUUGGAGUUCGGAGUUGAGACGACAGAAAGCACACGGCUGUAACAAAAGUACACAAGUGACAAACAUGUGUGUCAGUGUCUCUAUACAUAUCCCCAUCUCUAUCUCAACUCGAGUCAAUUUUAGUCCUGGUCCAAAAUAAAAAUCUCCUAGUAAUAAAACAAAACUAAAGCUGGCGAAAAUGGUGGUCGGUGGCCGUACUUCCGGCGUGCUUUUCUUGGUGGUUCUGACGGCGAUCGUGACGGCGGUGACCGGGAAUUCAGAGGGGGAUGCGCUGGUCGCGUUGAGACGCAGCUUGACAGAUCCCGGCAACGUGCUUGAUAGCUGGGACUCUACUCUUGUGAAUCCUUGUACUUGGUUUCAUAUUACUUGUAAUCAAGAUGGUCAUGUCACUAGAGUGGACCUUGGUAACACAAAUUUGUCUGGUGUUUUGGUACCUGAUCUCGGAAAACUCCAAUAUCUCCAGUAUCUUGAGCUUUACAAAAAUAACAUUCAUGGGACUAUCCCAAACGAGCUGGGCAAUUUGAAGAAUCUAAUAAGCUUGGACUUGUACAACAACAAUCUCACAGGGAUUAUUCCUCCUACUCUGGGAAAGUUGCAGUCUCUUAUUUUCUUGCGUCUGAGCAAUAAUCGUCUGGUUGGGAGAAUUCCCAGGGAACUUGUUAACGUUUCCACCCUGAAAGUUGUUGAUGUCUCAAGCAAUGACUUAUGCGGAACAAUUCCUACCAAGGGUCCAUUUCAGCAUAUUCCAUUAAGCAACUUUGCUAAUAAUCCUCGACUCGAAGGACCAGAGCUGGAGGGGCUUGCGAGGUACGAUACAAACUGCAUAUGAACAGGAGAUCAGAGGUGCAUGAAAAUGCAAGUGAUAAUGUGUGCUAGUUUAAUACUUGUGUCUUAUAAAAAAGUAUCAGAAUAGCAUCUUGUCUUACAAGAUGUUUAUAUAUGUAAGCCCUAUAUGAGGCUUUGUGGUGUAACUUUGUGAUGAAAAUCAAUGUGAAAGAUGACUGUCAGCAAACCUGGAAUCAUGUGAAACCCGGUUAUGUUGUCUGUUAUCGUUAUGGCGAGUUUCAUAUAAGAAAGAA